AUGAAAAUAAUUAAACCAGCGUACAAUUUCGACGAUUUCAAUCAAGAUAAUAAUAAUGAUAUCAAGAUCAAAAAAUUUGAACCAACUACGAAACGAAAAACAUUCCAUGAAAUUAUUCGACCCAUGUUAACAAUGGCACAAUGUUUUGGUUUAUUACCUGUAAUGGGAAUACGAUCUGCAACACCGAAAGAUUUGACAUUUACAUUCGUCUCAUUUCGUAUUUUACAAUGUAUUAUUAUUUUAAUUGGUAUAAUUGCUUUGGGUGCCACAAAUUUUAUGCAAUUAUUAACAGAUGGUUAUACAUUUUCUCUACUAACAGUUUUAUUAUAUAUAAAAUUAGCAUAUUAUUGGCCAAAAUUAAUGCAAGAAUGGGCAUUGAUUGAAUACCAUAUGAGUGUAUAUCCACCAAGUUUUAAUUUAUAUCGAAGAUUUUAUAUAAUUGCUACAAUCAUUUUAACUUUAGCAGCACUUGAGCAUGCUUUAUCGAUAUGUUCAUCGAUUGUAAGUAUUGGUACAUGCUUCUCACAUGGUAGUGAUUUACAAGCAUAUUUCGAAAUACGAUUCGUUCAAGUUUUUAAUCGUACGCCAUUCGCAUACUGGAAAGGAAUAUUAUGCCAUGUGAUUAAUUUUGUUGCAACAUUUGCAUGGUCUUUUAUUGAUGUAUUUUUGAUUAUGAUGAGUUUAGGACUUACUGAAUUGUUUCAACGGAUCACACUCAAAAUUAAAAAUAUACAUUUACAGCGAACACAUGAAUCAAUAUGGCGUAAUAUCCGUGAAGAUUUUAAUAAAGUGACGUCAUUGUGCCGAUUAACAAAUGAUACGAUAUCGGAUCUUGUAUUAUUGUCCUAUACCAAUAAUUUAUGGUUUAUUUGUGCUCAAAUUCUUCAUAGCAUUAGUCCAAUGAAACAUAUUACAGAUGUAAUAUAUUUUUUCUACUCAAUGCUUUUUCUUGUGGCAAGAACAUUAUUUUUAACAUUAAUGAUCUCAAAAGUGCAUGAAUCAAGUCGUAAUCCAUUACAAUAUUUAUAUCAAGUACCGGGAUGUUCGUAUUGUUUGGAAAUUGGAAGAUUUAUUCAACAAAUUACAGCUGAAAUAAUUGCAUUAACAGGAAUGAAUUUUUUUGCUGUACGAAAAGAAAUGGUUUUAUCAGUAGCUGGAACAAUUAUAACCUAUGAAUUGGUAUUGAUACAGUUUAAUGCUCAAGAUGGCGAUGAAAAUGUAAUACCACCAGCAUACAAUAUUUCUGAUACUAUAAUUUUACCACCCUGUACAAAAUAUCUUGAUAAUUAA